AUGGCCGCCUUGGCAGUGCUUGAGCCGAGCUGGCGGGGUUUCCGCACCUUCGAAGCGCCACCGCCCGGCUGCGUGCUCUGGCUAAAUGAAGAAGCUGAAGAACAGCGUCGGCCUUCUUUGCUGGACCUCCCAUCGCCAAGACAAGCGAAGGAGGCAAGAGAGGAUCCCGGGAACAACCUGGGGCCUCUGCAGAAUGCUGAGCACUUGCACGAAGCCGAAAAGGCUGAUCUGGAAGCCCUCGCCGAGCGCGAUCCGGCUCUCAAGGAGAUUUUGGAGCAGGAUGCGGCUAUCGGCCAGGAUGCCGCAGCAGAUGCCGCUUUUGAGCUCUACAGGCAAAGCCUGAUUGCCCUGGAUGCCGGACAGAUGCUGACGCAAAAGGCCUUCAAAUGUGUGGCAAGAGACAAUGCCGAGGACUUGCGCCGCCUCUUUGAAACCACGAGCCUGCGCUGGGAUGCCGAGAACGCCGGCGGACAGACGUUGAUAGAAGUGGCUUUGGAGAGGCAGCCACUUGACUUUCCUACGAGGGGUGACCUGCCGGGGCUGUCUGAAUGUCGGGAGCAAUUUGUCAUUUGUCAUGAUGAGGUCAUCAAGGAGAUGCGCAGGAAGCAGGAAAAUGAGGAGAGCGGGACGGCCGCCGGUGAUCAAGACCCGACUGAUUCCAGCUUGCCCAAAGCCACCGAUGCGAAGUCGGAGGAAGUGACAGAACCUGGUAGAGGUGCACAAGAGCCGACGCCGGCGGACUGA